GCCGCGGGGCAAGCGCCCCACGUCGGGGCGGCCCUGGAGGAGGCGCUGUGCCAGCGUUGCUGGCUCCUGACCCACCACCAGAAGGCCCUGCGGGUGCGGAUGUCCCCCGAGGAGUACCGGCAGCGGGUGAGCGCCGCCCUCCAGCGCCGCCCUCCGCAGCCCCACGGGCGGCCCCCGCUGGUCCUCUACCUGGCCGACCUGCUGGACCUGCCGGACUCGGUCCUGCCCGACCUGCCGGCCCUGGUGGGGCCUUCGGCCCACGUCUUCGUGCUGGGCAACAAGGUGGACCUGCUGCCGGGCGACUCGCCGGGCUACCUGAGGCGCCUCCGGGAGCGCCUGCGGGACCUCUGCGUCCAGGUCGGCCUGGUGGAGGCCAGCCGGCCGGGAGGCGACGACGCCGACGACGGCCGGAGCAGGAGCAGGAGGAGCGCCGGGCGGGUGGUGGACGUGCACCUCAUCAGCGCCCGGACGGGCUACGGGGUGGAAGAGCUGAUCAACAAGCUGCAGAGCUCCUGGAAGUUCAACGGGGAUGUCUAUCUGGUGGGGAGCACCAACGCGGGGAAGUCGACCCUCUUCAACACCCUCCUGCACUCGGACUACUGCAAAUCCAAAGCCUCCGAUGUCAUCCGCAGGGCUACCGUCUCCCCUUGGCCAGGAACUACCUUGAACCUUCUGAAAUUUCCAAUCAUUACUCCUACACCUUAUAGAAUAUUUCAGAGGAAAACAAGGCUGCAGGAAGAUGCAAAGAAAACAGAGGACGAUCUCAGUGAAGAAGAACAAAAACAGCUCCAGAAGCUCAAAAAAUACGGUUACUUAAUAGGAAGAGUUGGAAGAACAUUUAAAAAAACACAGAGAGAAACUUCUCAGUUUGAAUUUGAUGCUGAGGCAAUGUCCUACAGUCUAAAUGAAGAACCUUUGCUUCCGUGCAAACCUCCUGCCGAGAAAGUUGAAUUUACAGAAGAUGAAGUGAAAUAUUCUCGCUGGUUCUAUGACACUCCAGGGAUUGUAAGGGAUGGUUGUAUUUUAAACCUCCUAGAUGAAAAAGAAGUCAAGCUUGUUUUGCCAACUCAAGCUAUUGUGCCAAGGACAUUUGUGCUGAAGCCUGGGAUGACCCUGUUUCUGGGUUCACUGGGACGCAUAGAUUAUUUACAGGGGAACGAAUGCUCCUGGUUUUCUGUUAUAGCCUCAAACUUUUUGCCUGUGCAUAUCACUACACUUGAAAAAGCAGACGCUGUCUAUCAAAAGCACGCGGGUCAAGUGUUACUGAAGGUUCCUAUCGGAGGUGAAGAACGGAUGAAAGAUUUCCCACCUUUGGUAUCUCACGAUGUGAUUUUGGAAGGAAUUGGUGAUACUGAGGCAGUAGCUGACAUAAAGCUUUCAUCUGCAGGCUGGGUUGCAGUUACAUCACACUUGAACAACAAAAUCCAUCUGAGGUGCUACACCCCUGAAGGGACAAAGCUGUCAGUACGCCAGCCUCCUCUGCUGCCCUACAUUGUUCAGGUCAAAGGAAAACGUUUAAAACGAUCACCAGCCUAUCAGACUGUAAAACCACCUUCCCUUGUACAGAAUUUAAAAGCAAGGAAGAAAUCCUAGGGAACCUCUAGGUCUAAAGCGCAAGACAUUGUAAAUAAAAUUUCCCAGGGUGACAUUUAUUCAGAUAGCAAACUGUGAAUUGCACAAAAUACAUCUUUAUUUUUUUACAAAACAUGUACAAUAUUAACUUUGUAAAAUGUUAUUAGGAUUUAAAGUUAUAAGAAUCAUGUAUGCAAUAGACAUAUAUUGCUCAUUUUUAAACUUCUUUCUUAUAAACACUGAUAGGAUGCUCUAGCAGUGCUUUAUGUAUGCUAGAGCUGUAACACAAGUCAUCUUCUGUACUAUCUCCACUAGAUCCUCUUUUUCUAUUCCUCACUUUUUAUCUCUUAACUGCUUUAAUCCCUCUCCGAUGAGUUUUGUCCCUUUUUCUCCUUCUGGGCUCAGAGUUCCCCUUGUUUUCAAGGCUGUUUAGGUGAUUACAUGGCAAUAGACAUAUACUGCUCAUUUUUAAACUUUCUUAUAAGCACUGAUAGGAUGCUCCAGCAGCGCUUUAUGUAUGCUAGAGCUGUAACACGAGUCAUCUUCUAAAUUAAUCUGAAAGGACUCUAGGGGAAUUGCCUAAAUUGUUUAAGGCAAGGCACUCUCAGCCUAAUCAGCAGUAUGUGUGUGUGAGGAAACUCCACAGGGUGUACCCUGUGAUGUCUAUAUGAUGUCUCAGGUCUCUGAGCCGAGAAGGAGAAAAAGGGACAAAACUCAUUGAAGAGGGAUUAAAGCAGUUAGGAGAUAAAAAGUGAGGCAACAGAGGGUGCUAAUUGGGCGGGGAGAAAGGAGGAAAGGGGCAGAGAGGGAGACGAGGAGGAGGCAGAAGCCUGUUGGGGAAGAGAAGAGCGAGAGGAACGGAAAAAGAGGAUCUAGUGGAAAUAGUACAGAAGGAUCCGUGGACGGGCAAAUGGGUAGAGUUCAGAGUACCCUGUGAGUAUGGAGAAAAGGAGUGGAGUAGAUAGGCACACAGAAAGCCACCUUACUGGGGGGAAACGGAA